AUCAUACCACAUCAAAACUCAUCCAUGUUUAAUUUUCAACAGUCAGUCUUUAUUGAAGACUUACGAGAAUUAAUUCCAUUAAUACUUUACACGAUCAUAGGACUAGGUACAAGAUUAUAUAAGAUAGGAAGAUCAAAUACAGUGAUAUGGGACGAAGCUCAUUUUGGAAAAUUUGGAGGGUUUUAUUUAAAUCAAACGUUUUAUUUUGAUGUUCAUCCACCUUUGGCUAAGAUGUUAGUAGGCUUAGCUGGUUUCUUAUCGGGUUUCAAUGGACAAUUUGAUUUUCCUUCAGGUCAACUUUAUCCUUCACAUGUACCUUAUAGUACGAUGAGAAUCUUAUUGGCUUUACCUGGUGUGGCUUUGGUUCCGAUUGCUUGGGCUACGGCUUUGGAAUUAGGUUUUACUACUUAUACUCGUCAUAUUGUCACUUUAAUGGUUUUGGCCGAUCUUUCUUGGACUGUGAUUUCUAGAUUUAUUUUAUUGGAUUCUAUGUUAUUGUUUUUUACUUUUACUACCGUUUAUUGUCUUGCUUGUUUUCAAAACCAAAAGAAAUAUCCAUUUGAUUUCGAAUGGUGGUUUUGGCUUUCAAUGACAGGUCUUUCAGUAGGAUGUGUAACGAGUGUGAAAUGGGUCGGAUUGUUUGUCACGGCUUUAGUAGGACUUCAUACAGCGGAAGAACUUUGGGAAAAGUUUGGUGAUCUUGGAAUGCCAUAUCGAGUUUAUGCUCGGCAUUGGGUUGCUAGAAUCGUUUGUUUGAUUGGACUUCCUAUGAUGGUUUAUAUGUUAUGUUUUAAGAUUCAUUUCCUAAUUCUUAAUCGUUCUGGACCAGGUGAUGCUCAAAUGAGUUCAUUAUUUCAAGCAAAUCUUUGGGGAAAUGAUUUUGCUCGACAUCCAUUGGAAAUCGCCGUAGGAUCAAGAGUGACGUUUAAAAAUAUGGGAUAUGGUGGAGGUUUAUUACAUUCACAUGUUCAAACGUUUCCAGUUGGAUCUCAACAACAACAAGUGACAUGUUAUCAUUAUCGUGAUAAUAAUAAUGAAUGGAUGAUCACGCCACUUUUACAUGAAGAACCUUAUAGCGAAUCCCAACCGAUCCGAUUUCUCAAACACGGAGAUGUAGUAAGACUAGUUCACAUCAUGACGGGUCGAAACUUACAUAGUCAUGAGAUCCCAGCCCCGAUCACUAAAGUGAAUAAAGAAGUAGCAUGUUAUGGGAAUGCAACGAUUGAUGAUAGUAAUUCAUAUUGGGUAAUAGAAGUGAUUGAUGAUAUUUUAAGAGGUAAAAAAGAAAGAUUUCAACAUAUCAAUACACUUUCCACUAGGUUUCGAAUUCGACAUUUGAAUUUAGGUUGUUAUCUUAAAGCUGAUAAUAAAGUCUUACCUCAAUGGGGUUUUAAACAAGUUGAAGUGUCGUGUGAUAAAAAGAAUAAUCCUAAUGAUAAACAUACUUUUUGGAAUGUAGAGAGUCAUAUGAAUGGAAGAUUACCACCUGGUGAUAUGAAAGUGAUGAAAUCACCAUUCUUACAUGAUUUUUGGCAUUUGAAUAUAGCUAUGAUGACUUCGAAUAAUGCAUUGAUACCAGAUCCAGAUAAACAAGAUGCGAUUGCUUCACAUCCGUUUGAAUGGCCAUUUCUUUAUACUGGGAUGAGAAUGAAUGGUUGGUUUGAGAAUGGGAUUAAGUUUUAUUUGAUUGGAAAUCCGAUUACGUGGUGGACUUCUUCUUUUUCUUUAUUGGUUUAUUCUGUUGGAUUGGUUUGGUAUUUGGCAAGGUUCAAGAGACAGUUUAAUGAUCUUAGUUUGGCUCAAUGGGAUCAAUUUAUUUGGGUUGGCAAAGUCGGUCUUGGUGGUUGGUUAUUACAUUAUUUACCAUUCUUAUUUAUGGGUAGAGUGACUUAUUUACAUCAUUAUUUACCUACUCUAUGGUUUGCGAUCAUUACCUGUGGAUUAUGUUUUGAUCAUUUUAUCUUUAGAUCUAAAACCAUCAAACCGAUUCAUAAGAAAAUUAUUUUUUAUUUGAUGGCUAGUUUGAUUACUUUUACUGGGAUUUGGUUCAAAGAUUGUGCUUGGGGUAUCGAAGGUCCUAUUAAUCAGUAUAAAGGUAGACAAUGGAGAAAGUCUUGGAAUAUUUAUGAUGAUCAUUUAGCUUUAUAAUAAAAUUAAAAAGAGUUCAUCCGAUUGAUGAAACAAAUUAAAACUAUUUUUUUCUUUAACCCACCCUACCCUUACCAAUAUGUAUACUGAUUCUUUGUUGUGAUAAAAUAAAUCAAGUUAACUAAAUUAUAUAAAGAUAAACCAUUGAGAAAAAAAAUAGAUAAUAUAACUUAUUUGUAAUUUGAAUAAAUGUUGAAAAACAUUACAUAGUAAAUCGACUUGGAUUAAUUUUAUACUUUAUAUAUAUAUAUAUAGUAUGUAAUUUAUUAGAUUUUUCUUG